UAUGAACAACUUCUCCCUUUAUAGUGGCAAUGAUACAGCAUCGGAGGACUGGUCAACUGCAGGGAACACCUUAGCCUGUGUGAUCCUGAGUGUAUCCUUCUUUGUGGGCACACCUGGAAACCUGCUGGUGGUGUGGACAAUCUUGAAGCAUGUGAAUCAGCGUUCACACAUAGUGCUGCUCAUCCUCCACCUGGCAGUCGCAGAUCUCCUAGUGCUGAUCACUCUGCCUCUUUGGAUCUACUCGCUGGCUCAUUCCUGGGUGUUCGGAGAGGCUGCCUGCAAAGCCAUGACUUACAUCAUCAAUGCUUGUAUGUACAGCAGUGUUUUCCUCAUUACCAUCAUGAGUGUGGAGCGCUUCCUGGCUGUCACGUACCCCUUAAAGAUGCUGUAUUGGCAAAAUAGGACAUCCAUGUUCAGAAUACUGGUCGUGACUUGGAUCCUAUCAUUUAUUUUAGGAAUUCCAGUUAUCCUGACCCAGUAUGUAGAUGAUGAUGAUGAUGGAGUACAACACUGUGUGUACCGGGAGUACAACUCUGUGCCAUUUGAAGUCUUCUGUAUGUUUUUGGAGACUCUGCUAGGCUUCAUCAUUCCUUUUGUCACACUCGCAAUCUGCUACUGCCAAGUUGCAUCAAGGCUUCAAAAGUUGCGUUUCAAGAGAAAGCAGAAAUCUGUCUUCCUGAUUGGGGGAGUGGUAAUGGCCUUCAUUUUGUGUUGGCUACCCCACCACAUCCUUAAUGUCUUAAGUAUAGUGCAUCUUUUAGUUGGACAAUCAGAUGAACUGUCCCAUAUCACAGAGAGCGCUGUCUUCCUUUCUGGAGCUCUGACUUUUAUAAGUAGCUCAGUGAACCCUGUGCUGUAUGUGUUUGCUUCCAGAAACUUCCAUGGAAAUCUAAGGAAGUCAGGGAUAGUGAAGCUCUUUCAAGACUUAACAUCACAAACAACCCAAACAAAAGAAGGGUUCUUACAGGAUUCUGGACAGCUGCAUGGCAAGAUCCUGGAAGAUCUUAAUGUUGGUGAACCUAUAGAGCUUACAGAUAUCUGAGUUGUUGUUAAAGGGAUAUUACAGGUUCAAUAGAAGUUAAGCUCAAUUGCAGCAUUUGUUGCAUGAUGUUUAUUACCACAAAUAAUUAUUUUGACUUGCCCCUCUUCUUCAAAUAAUGCAAAAAUCGAGGUUCCAUUGAGGAACUUACAAUGGAAGUGAAUGGGGCCAAUCCGUAAACAUUAAAAUACUCACUGUUUCAAAAAUCUAGCCACAAGACAUAAACAAUAUGUGUGUUAAUAUGAUUUUAGUGUGAUAAAAUCCCUUACUAACCUUUUCUAUGUACAAAUUAUAGCCAAUUUUACAACUUGUUGCCAUGACGAUGUAUUGUCAAAAAGCCCUAAAAUGAUUACGAUAAUAAUUACGAUUUAAACAACUUUUCAGCUCAAAUAAUACACACAUUUUAAUAGAAGAAUGAAUGAAUGUAUGUGCUUUAUAAAAUUACAAGCUUCACAUUUCUGUCUUUAAACCUAAAAAAUACCCCCAUUCACUUCCAUUUUUUAAAAUGAAAAUCACAGACGAUUCAUAAUAAUAUUUUUGGUAAUCAACAUUAUUCCACAAAUCCUGUUGAUUGAGCUGAACUCUUACUGAAUCCAGAAUAUUCUUUAAACUCUUUAGAGGUUUAGAUAAUGUUUAUGGUUUAUUUGUUAUGGUGCUUUUUUGUUGUUGUUGUUAUUUUAAUCUCAUAUUUCCCUACUACAAAGAUGUGAUUUUUCUUACAUUUCUAUAAAAAUCUAGAAUAUUUGUAGUGCAAUGCUUAAAUAUUUUUCCAAAAAUUGUCUGAAGGUCCAAUAUUGGUUUUGUUGCCCUCUUAAUACAAAGGUAUGGACAAAUACAAGCGAAGUCAUACGCUUUAUGUAUUUAGAAAAAAUGUAGGCUAAUCUUGUAUGGGGAAAUGUACAUUUUUCUUGUUCUGUGCUUUAAGAAAUUGGUCAAAAAUGCACAUGUAGGUAACUUGACUGAGCUCAGUGACUUAGCAGUCAGAUCAUUUCCUGGAACAUGACAUCCAUUACACCAUUUUUAAAUGAGUCAUUCCAUAAAAUCGAUGCAUUUUGUGCCCCCCAUUAACUUAUGUGUAAACAAUGAUUUCAGCAAUAAAUAAC